AUGGCGGACAAGCAAAUCCCCGCGGUCUCCAACACGGGCGAUACCAUCGAGCCAGCCAAAGAAAACACCGCCUCGAUUCCAGCUACCGGCGAGCGGGGAGAGAAAGCAGCGCAAUUCCUGGCCCAACAUGGCCAAGUGACAUUCGACUAUGAGGAGGAGAAACAUGUUCUUCAGCGCAUCGACAGGCGUAUCCUUCCCCUGAUUCUUGGGGCAUAUUUCUUUCAGCAGCUAGACAAGAGCACGCUAUCGUACACGAGUAUAUUCGGGCUCAUUGAGGAUGCCAACUUGAAGGGGACCGAGUACUCGUGGUUGGGGAGUAUUCUGUACUUGGCUCAGUUGGUCAUGCAGCCACUUGCGGCGUUUAUUUUGGUUAAAUUACCGUAUGGGAAGGUUACUGGGAUUGCUAUUAUUGGCUGGGGAUCAUGCGCCGCCAUCAUGGCCUCGUGCACAAAUUUCAAAUCCCUCGCCGCUCUCCGCUUCCUGCUCGGAACCUUUGAGUCCAUGAUCGCCCCCUCUUGCGUCGCCGUGACGCAAAUGUGGUGGCGGCGCUCCGAACAGACACUACGAAAUUCGUACUGGAACGCCAUGAACGGCGUGACCUUCAUCGUGGGCAGUCUGAUCACGUACGGUCUGGGUCAUAUAAAAAGCUCCAAGAUCUACACUUACCAGGUCAUUUUCGUAUUUUGCGGCUGCCUUACUGUGCUUUUCGGUCUGACAUUCAUCUUGUUGAUGCCCGACUCCCCCAUGGAGGCCAAGUACCUCAACGAGAGGGAGAAGAUCAUUGCUAUCGAGCGGUUAAGGGCCAACCAGAUGGGUGUAGCUUCUCGCAAGUGGAGGUGGGAUCACGUUCUUGAGACCUUUAUGGACAUCAAGACGUGGUUGUGGUUCAUUCUCACCAUCGCAAUUUCCGGUGGCAUCAGCUCCUUCGGCAACCUCAUCAUCAAAUCGUUCGGCUUCAGCAGCUUCACCGCCAUCCUCUUCAGUCUCCCCACGGGCUGCGUCCAAAUCGUUUCCAUCAUCGGUUCCGCCUACCUCUCAACCCGCUUCGCCCGCAAAGGCCUCAUCAUCACCUGUCUGUCCUGUCUCCCCGCAACGGGGGCCAUCAUCAUGCUCACUGUGCCCCGCGAGAACAAGGGCGUUUUGCUGUUCGGAUAUUACCUUGUCCAGUGCCUCGGCGCCAUUACGCCCAUGAUAUUUACUUGGUCCGCGCAGAACACUGGCGGUGAUACCAAGAAGAAGACUAGCUCAGGCAUGGUGUUUGUGGGUAUGUGCACGGGCAAUGUGAUUGGCCCUCUGUUGUACUCGACCGAGCAGGCGCCCACGUAUAGGCCCGGGUUGAUUGCGAAUUUGAUUAUGUUUGUUUUGGUUGGUGCUAUGGGAUUGCUCAUCCCCCUAUACCUAAUGCUUUUGAACCGCCGCCAUGCCCAGAUGCGUGAGCAACUGGGAAAGUCGGCAGUUAUUAUUGACGAGUCCAUGUUGAGGAAGAAGAACAUGGGCAGCAGUAAGCAGGCCGAGCUGGAGCAAAACGAGCAUGCCGAGACUCAUAAACUUGAGGAUGACAAUGGGUUGCAAGACGUGUCGGAUUUGAAGAACGAGGAUUUCAUCUAUGUGUACUAG